CCUCCCCUCCGCCGCUGGGCUCAGAAAGUUGCGAGCCGCAGCCCGGGCUGCCUCCAAAAAUCCUGGGGUCCCCUGUUGCCCCCAAUUUCUGCAGUUUUUGGGCUUCCUUUGUCCACCAGGACCGGCCCCCUACACCCCACUCGGGACUGGCUCGUGGGAGCGUGUCUAGUCCAACCGGGCGGCUUCACUUUUCUGGACUCGCCCAUUGUUUCGGGAUUGUUUUGGGACCAGCUAUUCCAGAGACGGGCCCUUGGCCAGGGGUCAAAGCGUCCCUGACUCGAGAGGUUUCUGGAGCCCCUGCUCUAGACCCACGACUUUUCGGGAGCUCCGAGACGCCGGACUUUUCUAGGGGAUCCCGGCACAGGAAUUUCUCCAGAACCAACUUUUUGCCAGAGUCAGCGAGUUUUGGAGAAUCCAGUUUUUCUAGCCGGACUGUGUUUGGCUCCGUUGAUUUCCCAGAGUCCACGUUUGUAGGGAAACUUGAUUCCCCCCUGACAAGAAACUUAUUUUUGAGAUUAUUUUUUCUAGAUUGGGAGGCAAAUCUGGGUUUGUUCCCACCCUCCUUGACUGGGGAGAAAUCUGGGGUAAUUUUAUAGCUUGGGGUGAGAUUUUUAGAUGGGAAAAAAUCUCAGUUUAAUUUUUCUGGCUCAGGAAGAAAUCCAGGUUUAAUUUUUCUGGAUCAGGGCAAAAUCUGGGUUUGUUUUUUUUCUAAAUUGGGAAGAAAUCUAGGUUUAAUUUUUCUGGAUCAGGGUAAAAUCAGGGAUUUAAUUUUUUCUGGAUCAGAGCAAAAUCUGGGUUUAUUGUUUCUGGAUUGGGAUGUAAUCAGGGUUUAAUCUUUUCUGGAUCAGGGUGCAAACUGGGCAUAACUUUUUUCUAGACUGUGGAUAAAUCUAGGUUUAAUUUUCCUGGAUCAGGAAGAAAUUCGGGUUUAAUUCAGGGCGGAAUCGGGGUUUAUUUUUUCUGGAUCGGGGCAAAAUUUGGGUUUAUUCUUUUUGGGAUUGGAGUGAAAUCUGGGCUUCACUUUUUCUAGAUUGUGGAUAAAUCUGGGUUUAAUUUUUCUGGAUCAGGGUGAUUUCUGGGUUUAUCUUUUUCUGGAUCAGGGAAAAUUUUGGGUUUAACUUUUUUUUCUAGAUUGGGGAGAACUCUGAGUUUAUUUUUCUGGAUCAGGGUGAUUUCUGGGUUUAAUUUUUCUGGAUCAGGGUGAUUUCUGGGUUUAUUUUUUCUGGAUCAGGGUGAAAUCUGGAUUGUUGUUUUUCUAGAUUGGGAAGAAAUGUAAGUUUCGUUUUUCUGGAUCAGGGUGAUUUCUGGGUUUAUUUUUUCUGGAUCGGGGCAAAUUCUGGGUUUGGUUUUUUUUCUGGAUUGGGAUGAAAUCAGGGUUUAUUUUUUUCUAGAUUGAGGAGAAGUCUGGAAUUAUUUUUCUGGAUCAGGGUGCAAUCUGGGUUUAAUUAUUGUAGAUUGGGGCAGAGGAAACCCAGGGUUUCCUUUUUCUAGAGUUGAGGGAAUCAGGGAGUCAGACAAACUGAGGAGUUAAAACUUUCUGGACUGGGCAAAAAUGGAGCAUUAAAAGUUUCGGAGUUUAGGAGUCAUUUGGGGGUUUCCAUUUUUGCCGACUGGGGGAAAAGGGAUCGUUUCCCUCUAGACUAGGGGGAAAUGGGGUGUCCAUUUUGUGCUCGACGAAAGGCGCUUGGGGGCUGAGUUUUUCCAGAUUAGGGACCUUUUGGGGGGCUGAUUUGCUUGUUAGCCUAGGGAGAAAUUUCCUCUAGAUUAGAAAAAAUUUGUGGAGGGAGGGAGUUGAUUUUUACACGCCAGAAAUGUAUUCAGAGGUUAAUCUUUUCCAGACUUGGUCAUUUAUUAGGACGUAAAUAUUCUUGUGGGUCGAAUUUUCCAGCUAUCUGGGGGUAGCGGAGUCCUUCCAGAGAGGGAAAUCUUGGGGAUUCAGCUGUCCCAGAUCAAGGCGGGCUGGGGCUGCCGUGUUUCUGGGCAAAGGAUUAUUUUUCUGGAGCAAAGAUUCCCCGAUUGGGGAUUUACUCUCCCCCCCUCCGGCUGGUUGAUCAGGAUUUUGCGACAGCAGCUUUUCCCCUGGCCAGGAAUUCGGGACCGACCCCGGCCAUGGAGCUCUGGCUGCUUUGUCUCUGGAUUCCCCUCACUCAGGCGGUGGAGGAGACCUUGCUGAACACCUGGCUGGAGACGUCGGAUCUGAAGUCAGCGACGUACCCCCAAACGGACGGCCAGUGGGAGGAACUGAGCGGGCUGGACGAGGACCAGCACUCGGUGCCACCUUCGAUGUGCGCGGUGGAGGGCCUGGCCGGGAGGCCUGAGCUGCGCAGCGGGUUCGUGCCCGCCGGGGGGACCACGUCUCCGCCGCAGCUGCGCUACACGGUAGUGGAGUUUCUCCCCCGCGCCGGCCCGGCCUGCAAGGAAACCUUCAACGUUCUUCUCUACGAGGGAGCGGAGGCACUGCCAGCGCCGCUGAACGCCUGGGAGCGUGAGGUGGACACUGGGAGUGGCGACCGUCCCGAACACACUGACCCGCAAGCGCCGGGGGCCGAGGCCACGGGGAAGUCAACGUCAAAGAGCCUGCGGCUCGGGCCGCUGAGCAAACGCUUCUACGUGGCUUUCCAGGACCAGGGCGCCUGUAGGCCCUGCUCGGGGCGGCUCUACUUCAAAAAGUGCCCGGGGCCGUGCCCGGCUGGCCGCCUCCCCGAGACGGUGCCGGAGCUGAAUGCCGGGCCCCUCAGCAUGUACUGCCGGGAGGACGGGCGCUGGGCCGAGCACGCGCCCGCCGGCUGUGUCUGCCUGGCCGGGCAUGAGGCUGCCGAGGGGAACACGCAGUGCCGAGCCUGUGUCCCCGGCACCUUCAAGGCCACGCAGGGUGAGGGGCUUUGCCAGCCUUGCCCCCCCUACAGCCAUUCCUCAGCGCCCGGCGCCUCCAUCUGCUCCUGCCGCAACGGGUACUUCCGCGCCAGUGCCGACCCCCCCAGCUCCCCCUGCACCAGCCUGCAGCCCUACGUCACCUACACCUUCGAGAUCCAGGCACAACGGGUGUCGGACCUGAGCCCCAACCCGCCCCAGGCCGAGCUGGUCAACUCACCACACAAGGAUGUGCCCCCGCCCCCGGACAAGGUCCAGGGCUCUGUCCCCACCGGGAUGGUUCUGAGCUGGCCGGUUGCCCGCACCCCCAGCGGCCUCUGGGAAGGGACGGGGGGCUGCGACCCCUCGGCCCCGCGCAGCAUCGUGCACCAGAUCAACGGCUCGGGGGUGGUGCUGGCCUGGAGCGAGCCCCUGGAGAUGCCUGCAGCCUACGUCACCUACACCUUCAGAUCCAGCAUCAACGGGGUGUCGGACCUGAGCCCCAACCCGCCCCAGGCCGAGAGUGGCACCAAACUCUACAUCGACCCCUUCACCUACGAGGACCCCAAUGAGGCCGUGCGGGAAUUCGCCAAAGAGAUCGACGUCUCCUACGUGAAAAUCGAGGAGGUGAUCGGCGCCGCGUUGUCUGGGACUGGCACGCAGCUCUCCUUCUUCCCUGGGCACCUUGCAGCCCGGCCCCGGCACACCCUCCCCGACUCCCCAUGCCGGUGCGGGGAGAAACAAAGGGAUGAAAAGCAGAUGGAAGAAAGAAAGACGCUGCGCGGAAGAAAGAAAGAAACAAAGAAGGGCGCGCCGGGCGGGGAGGCCCCCAUGUUCAUGAAGGCGUCGGAGGCCCAGGUGACGCUGCGGGAGCUGCGCCGGGGGGCGUCCUAUGGGGUGCAGGUCCGCGCCCGCUCCGAGGCCGGCUAUGGGGAGUUCGGGCCGGAGUUCCUCGUCCCCAUGCAGGGCAGUGAGGCGGGGGGCCGGGCGGAGCAGCUAGGGCUGAUCGUGGGGGCGGCUGCUGUGGGGGCCCUGCUGGUACUGGCGGUGGUGGCAGUGGCUGUGAUCUGCGUCAGGAAACACGGGGCGGGGGGCCGCGACCCCGAAUACUCAGACAAACAUGGCCAGUACCUCAUUGGGCACGGCACCAAACUCUACAUCGACCCCUUCACCUACCAUCACAUCCUGGUUAACUUGCAACCUGGUCUGGCAAAGUCUCCGACUUUUCGGCCUCUCCGCUUUCUGGAGGAGAACUCCUCUGACCCGCGACCUCACGCAGCCUCCCUGGGUGGGAAGAUCCCCAUUCGCUGGACGGCCCCCGAGGCCAUCGCUUUCCGCAAGUUCACCUCGGCCAGCGACGCCUGGAGCUACGGGAUCGUCAUGUGGGAGGUGAUGUCCUUCGGGGAGCGGCCCUACUGGGACAUGUCCAACCAGGACGUGAUCAAUGCCAUCGAGCAGGAUUACCGCCUGCCCCCCCCGCCCGCCUGCCCCACGGCGCUGCACCAGCUCAUGCUGGACUGCUGGCAGAAGGAGCGAAGCGCCCGGCCCCGCUUCGCCCAGCUCGUCAGCUCCCUCGAUAAGCUGAUCCGCAACCCAGCCAGUCUGCGCAUCGUCUCCCGGGACGGUGCCGGGCCGUCCCACCCCCUCCUGGACCAGCGGCCCCCCCACGGCGCCUCCUUCGGCUCGGUCAGCGACUGGCUCCAGGCUAUCAACAUGGGCUGCUACGAGGAGAAGUUCAGCACGGCCGGAUUCAGCUCCCUCGAGCUGCUCAGCCAGAUCUCCAGCGAGUGA